AUGCAGCCCAGCCCGUCAAGUCGAGCAAUUCAAGAAAAGCGCCAGGAGCACAAGAAAGCAAACAUGUCUCUUCCUGCAUCUUCUAGCAGUUCAGUCACCCCGAUGGUUGAGAGCUCUGUCAGGCGUAGUCUGAGGGUCAACCGUGCCAUGUAUGGAUUCCAUGAGGUUAGGCUAGAGAAGAACCCAUCGAAGAGGAGGAAGACUUGUGGUGUAGUCCUGAUCGAUGAGUCUACCGGAGAAGUAGGCCCGGUUCCCAUUGCAAUACUACAUGGAUGGGGCAUUGACUGUGGAGUAGCUCCUACGGAGUUAUCUGAUGACGCGCUCAUGCAAGCGCCUGGCUCUAAACUAGUUAUCCAUGAUGAAUCUGCAGCAUGA